GGACAAUAAAAUCUAAAGUUGGGCUUUUGUUGCACACCUGUGCACGUGUCGUCUGUGUGUAGGAACGCGAUGGGAGACGAUGCUGGCUCCGCCGCGGCGCCGGUGUGCGCGACUCCAUCGACGCCGCCAACUUCGUCCACCUGGCCCGAGGUCGUCAUGAUGGCCUCCAUCUCGAUUGCGUCGCUUCUCAUGCUUGUGCGAGCACUCUUCGGUGGCGACGCGUAUCGCCGCGCGCUCAAGAGCAAGUCAUCAAGUCGCCUUCUUGGCGGUCGCAAGACGUUUCAAAGCCUCCAUCAACAGGCCAUGCAGAAUGUCGACGAGAGCGUGCUUGCAGACGUUCAGACUCUCGGCGAUUCGGUGCUCGACGGGUACUGCACCAUCAAGAAGGGAACAUCGAGCUCAACGUGGAAGAAGCGGUGGGUCGUCGUCGACGCGUACGCGCGCGUGAAGUACUACUCGAAUGCGGAAGGGUCUCGACGCAACAUGGCACCGAAGGGCACGUUUACCGUACUCUCCGUGGACAUUGCGCCAUCGACGACAAACAACUCGAACCAACCGACGUUGGAAGUCCGCAACACUCUGGGCGGCACGUACUUCUUCCACUUCGAUGACGACAUCAAGAUGCAAAAGUGGCUCGUUGUGCUCAAGAGCCGUGCGAUGCAGAGUGCCAUUGACGGCCGCCUCGACCCCUUGCAUUCGCGUGGCCGGUCGGCGCCACGGAUGAAGCACGACUUGACCGUACUCAUCGAGACGUUCAACGUCUUGGCGCACAAGGAUACGUCCCUUCGAUCGUUCUUUGCGGUCGUCAAGUUCAAAGCCGAAUUGCACGAUCUGUCCGUGAUCCCAGUGAAGCAGAUCAACCAGCGGAGUUGCGGCACGACGUGCAAGACAGUGGCGUGGAACGAGUCGUUGCACUGGGCCUUUGACGACCACGAAUGCGCUGCAUGCGAGGAAUGCCAGAGCGUCGGCCUCGUCGGGUCCUUCGGCGGCCUUCCCGACCUCCUCGUUGUCAACGUAUUUGAAGUCACGAUGCGUGUGAAAACGACCAAGAUCGGCCGGGUCUUUGUCUCGCUCAAGGAUCUGUUCGGCCCGAAUGGCUUGACCAAGUCGAGUGUGGAGGCGUCGUACCCAAUUCUCGCGUCGUCGACUCGUCUCCAAGACGAGAAAGAGUCCAUCUUGGGCACGUUGCAGCUGAAACUCGACUACACCGCGUCGUCUUUGGUGGACGCCACCGCCGCCGCCAUCACCCCCUUCUUGACGUCCGCGCCGGGAGAUUUGGAAUUGCUCGGCGAAUUCGACCUCGACUUUCCGCUCGUGGAGCUUCUCGACACGUACUACGCGGACUCGGCGUCGACGGGCGGAGAAGGCGGCGCGCCUUCGAAUCCCGUGUGGGCGCAGUACAGAAAGGAGCGCGGCGACACUGAAGUCGAGGCCCAUCGGUGGGAAGAGUCGAUAGCGCAUGGAGGGUUCGUGCGCAUCGUGACGUUCCGCAGCCUGACACAUGCCCCGAUCGGCCCAGCGUCCACGAUGACCACCAACACGUGGCACUGCACGGGCUACGACUGGGUGACCAAGGACCCGGCGCCGUCGGAAGUGACGUUCCAGACCAAGGUGCAGCUCCACGACAUUCCCUACGGCGACAUCUUUACCGUCGAGCACUCGAUGAUACUGACGAAGACCGCUUCAAACGGCAUCGCUGUCAAGGUGUUUUUGGCGAUUCCGUUCUCCAGCGGGUGCAUGUUCAAGAGCAAAAUUCUGUCGCAAACCAAGACGGCCACGUACGAGUCGUACGUGCUGUGGUUUCGUUUGCUCAAAGAGAUGCACAAUCAAGGGGACGCGACUGGUGCGUCGACGUUUUGAUGUUUGCGGGAUUGUCUCGAUGGAAUAGGGUCGACGACGCCGCCGCCCGGUGCGGGACUGAAUGCGGCGGCCCUCGCAAAGAUGCGCACUUCCCUCGUUCGAAUGAGCAGCAUCGUGGACGAGGAAGUGGCGCUGGAAGAGAUUUUCGAGAACCAGCGCAUGCACAUUUUUGGCAAGUGGGGCCCCAACUACCUCUGGCCGACGGACCGCCCUCGUUUUUCCAACCGCCAAGGCGACAAGGAGCUCAGUUUUAACAAAGUCGAGUGCCCACGGCACUGGACAUGGACGUCCGAGUGGAAGGUCGACAUGAAGUACACGGAAUGCGACGAAGAAGGGUGGAGCUAUGCGACCGACUUUCCUCGCUUCAAGUACCAUUUGGCCAAAGGCAAGUCGAACGCUCGAAAGGCCGGGAGCAGCGUCCGUCGACGGCGCUGGGUGCGCACCAUGUGCUUGGACCACGACGCCGCCGACUCGACAAAGCCGUCGAUCGCGGCCGAGUCGCCUGUUCCGUAACGAAAUACACUGACCAACACGCAGAGCACGCAUCGACAUUCCAAAGUUACGACGUGCGAUCGAAUCCUGGCGACAUUUACGCUGGGCGGGUGUACACCUUGACCAGAGUCAAGGGAUUCCCCCAUUGAUAGUACCCCCGUAGGGAAAACGGACCAAACUUGUUGCGGCCGCUGCCAUCCACCACAUAUGAUCCCGGCGCGAGCUCGGUGAACUCGAGGUGGACGCCGCGCUCGAGCACACGGUGCGGGCGGCCGUGCCCGUCGCUGAUCAUGACAAAGUACCCGUUGUACACGCCAUUGAUGGGCACGCGAAGGUCGUGGGACGACCAGUGCGGCGCAAUGCACUUGUACGUAAACUUGGUCGGGGCCGACGCGGUUGUUUCGGUGAAGCCCCACGUUCCUGUCCACGUGGCUUCGUGCGCCGCUACUUGGUACAUGCCUCGAAGCACGGGGUGGACGGAUUCGAGUGGACGGCCAUGCGGCUCGGCUGCGGCAGGACCAGACGAAGCUGCUGGAACAACGCCGACAAAGACCACAUCGCUGCUGUCCGAGUCGACUUGGUCGGUCGGCUCGUCGCUGCCUCCGAAUUCAACGUCGUCUUCGUCGUUUUCAUCGUCGUCGCCUUCGUUUUCAGACAAGAGGAGGUCGGCAACUUGCUUGGCAUAUCGAUGGGGGUGGUCCGGCGGGGCCACCGGGCGAUCGCCUUCGCUGUCCGAGGACGAGCUGUUCGACGACGACGAUGAAGACGUAGUGGCGGAAGCGUGGGACGGGGGGUUGGCAUUGUAAAUGUGCGGCGGUAGUUGCUUCGCCUGUAGCCGAAGGGGGGAUGCGGGCGGAGGGGUAUUCGUGAGGUCUACGAGAGGCAGCCUUCGGGGCGGGGGCACUUGCGGG